CAACCGGAAGUUGAAAUUGUAACUCAAGCUAGUUUAACUGUUUGUCCGACUUUACGCGUUUCAGGCGGAGUUCAGUUCUUAAAACAUUUGGCCAACUUAUUUACCUCUUCACUUCUUCGUUCACAUAUUUGAACUGAGAAACAUUUCCCCCGAUCUGCCUUGGAGGAGUAACAACUCAUGGAAUAUCUAAACGUUGUGGCACGUCUACAUUUUUGACACUUUUCUGGGCUUAUUAACUAGCCUUUUCCCCCCUUCAGUGGAAGCGCUCCCAGGACAGGAGAGUUUUCUGGUUUCUAACUUUCCUUUCCUUAUUUUGUUUUUUUUGGUCUGAUUUUUGGAGGGCACAUGCGAUGUCACGGACUAUUAAAAGAAGAAAGAAAUGUUCUGUCUUUAGUUUGGUAGUUUCCGCACGAAGGUGUUUGUUGAUUUUAUUUUUUUAAAACCAGUUGAGCAACUGGCGACAGGACUCUAUAAUCAAUGUGGUGUCAGCUGGAAGGACGCGGGGUCCGGAUCUCACCUAAACGCUGAUACGUCUUGGGAGUGAUGCACUGGCUUCCCCUGGUUGCCAUGGUGAUUGCCUCGGCCCUGCCCUUCCCUCACAACCCCGUGUCCAGGAUCGCCGCAGCGACGACAGAGCAUCGUCAUGACCCGGCUGCUCGCCUCGCUGCUCCGCCUGUGGACUACAACUUCCAUAGAAAUGCCUCGCAAAAGGACUACAACAUGGCUGCUGCUCUUAGCCAACACACCAACAGACAAAACCUCCAGAACCGUAAGGAUUAUGUGAAAUCCUCCGCUGAAGAAAAGACUUCCACCUUCAAAGUGGAGACUCAAGGAACAUAUCAAUCUAAUAGCAACUCAGGCAGCGAUGACAAAAGCCGUGUGGAUGUUCCCACAGAAGAAGGAACGCUCAGGACCGAGGAUAUCUCCCAGGAUAACUCUCUACCAAAGGACUACAAAGCUGACAGCAGCAGCAGGCGAGAUUACGCCAGUUUUGUGGACUUCUCCAAGAAGGACAAUCUUCAGGACUCUACAGAAAGACUGUUGUCGGUUUCUACUGCAGAAACCCAUAAUGCCGUCAGUCCUGCUGCUAAUCUACCGGGUCAAAGAGUACCAGAACCAACUGUUCCCUCGGAGAAGCUGAGAGAUGCACCUGCAGUCGGGACGGGAAGCUUGAACCUGGAGGCAGGGCUGGGUCUGGGGACCGGGCUGGACAAUAUCUUAGAUGGAGGCCAGAUGUUUCUGGAUGCACAUCCGCGAGUCCUGUUCUCUCCUUCCCCGUCGCCUCCAGAACACCCGCCUCUCCUGCUUAUGUUGGAGACCGGCCUGCUGGAGGAGGACAGGGACGGAGAGGAGCAGGAGGACAUGGACGGACACAUUGAGGGUCACGGGGACCGGGCGAUCGACAGGAGCACGACUCUGAGUUGGGCAGACUCUUCCGGAGUCACCGAGGUUGCCCAUCCUGUGAAAAGGGAUAAACGCUCACACGUGAUCGACAGAAGGAGAGGGGAGAAGUCGGUGUGCGAGUCGGAAAAUGUUUGGGUUAAUAACAAGACGACCGCCAUCGACUCCCACGGUCAGAAGGUCACCAUCUUGCAGGAAAUCCAGACCCAGACAGGACCACUCAAACAGUACUUUUUUGAGACUCGAUGUCGCAAGGCCGAGCAGCUCAGCAAUGCUGGCAGCUCGAGGGUCGGCGCGGCACCGAAAUCUAUCGGGACGGGCGUUGCCGGGGCCGGCUGCUUGGGCGUGGAUAAAAAACAGUGGGUGAGUGAGUGCAAAGCCAAGCAGUCGUACGUCAGAGCGCUCACCAAAGACGCUAACAACAGAACCGGAUGGAGGUGGAUCCGCAUCGACUCGUCCUGCGUCUGUGUGCUGCUUUCCAGAACCAAUCAGGCAGUGGGGAGGGAGGUCUUGACGAGGAAGGGGAGAGGCUGAGAGAGAGCGAGAGAGAGCGAGAGAGAGAGAGAGAGAGAGAGGAGGGGGGGGAGUAGAAAGUGACACAGAGCAGAGCAGCUGUGUGACAUCCUUCUGUGUGCACUUCCUUAAACAUGAUGGAUUUGGUUAUUUCUCUCUCUCUUCCAUCCCUCCCUCCAAACGACUUUUGAAUAAAACAAGGAGACCUCAAUACUAGAUCUUAGGGAAAAUUGUCAUAUAUAGAGAUUUUUACUGUUUUUGUAUGGUUUUAUCUUUCAUAAUCUAAGUUAUUUUUGAUUAGUAUGUAAGCAUGUGUAUGUCUUUGAUAUUAAUAUAUUCCUUUAUAUGUGUACAAUAUGACACCAGUAUACCUUUAUGUAUGCAGCUAUGUAUAUCUGUGUGUAUUUAUAGAAGAAGUCUUCAUGGAGUGGUAGGUCUCUCCAGUGUCUGAUGAUAAUUCCAGCCUCUGGGCCGCUCGGGUUGUGAGAGGAAGGAGCGCCACCUACUGAGGCUCCAUUUUACUACUCCCAUAUGGAUUACCAUGAUUGUGACAGGACAAACUACAGCGUGGGCACUCUUUUUUUAGCAUAGUUUCACUCAGGAUGUGACAGUUUUAUAGCAGGAAGCAUCUCCGUGUGGAACUUGUUCAAUGUGGUCCAUGAAUGUAAAAACCAUGUGGUUUGUAAAUGACAUGACAAACAAACAAGCUAAUUUUACCAUCUGCUGGUUUGUUCAGUUUGCCUGCCAAAAUGUGGUAAUAAAGGAUCUUUGUACUCAGCUCAA